CCUUUUUUACAUUUAAUAAAUUAUAUUCAUUUUAAAAUAAAUGAAAUUUGUGUUUAAUGUAUAUUAGUCCUAUCAAAAUAUAGAACAUAAAUUGGCGACGAGGAUACGAUGUUGACCAGAAAUGCAGCUACUGGCAAUAAUGGACAGGCCUAUAUUGGCCUUGGUCACAUGUUUUUCGACCAUCGUACAAAUGAAUGGAAAACUUUCAAAUUAAAGUUAAAUAGUAAUUUUAUAGUAGGUAAUAUUAUUGAAGAGGAUAGACAAAAAGCUAUGCUGAUUACCUCAUUAAGUGAUGACACCUUAUCACUACUUGAAAGUCUAUGUGUUCCGGCAGAAGUUCAAUGCAAAACUUUCAAAGAACUAAUCCUACUCUUGGACAAACAUUUCACUCCAGUUAAGUCGUAUUUUUCAGCUAGAAACACAUUUUAUAGAGCUGAAAAGUAUUCAACGGAGACAAUAUCAGAAUGGGCAGCCAGAGUACGUACAUUAGCAAUGCCUUGUGGUUUUGGUAGUGAGCUAAACAUAGUCCUUCGUGACAUUUUCACUUUAGGAUUAGAAAAGAACUAUAAGGAACGUUUAUUUGAAGUUGAUGCUAAAGAUAAAGAUACCACCUUAGCAAAAAUGAUAGAUAUCGCUUUAGCUAAAGAAAUGGCUAGCAAGAAUAACCAACAAGAGGUAAAUGAAAUAAAUUAUGUCAAACACAACAAAUCCAAUCAAAGGAUCAACCAUAGAUUUAAAAAUCAAUCAAACCAUACAACUGCCAGAAAUCAAAAUGCUCAAAACAACAAAACCAAAUGCCAAGUUUGUGGUCGUAUUAAUCAUAAGACAAUAGAAUGUAAGUACAAAGAAUAUACUUGUAACAAAUGUAAUUUAAAAGGGCACCUAGCCCCUAUGUGUAAAAAAAAUAUUGUCAAGUAUAAAAAUAAAUCUUUCAAUACACACUUUAUUAAUAAUAAUAAUAGUGAUACUGAUCCGGAAAAUGAUAAUAUUUUUUUAAAUGAAUCAGAGAUUUUCAAAAUAAAUACUGAAAACAAUGUAAAUGACAUUAACCCUAUUGAAAUAAAUGUCAUGUUAGAUAAGGUUAAGUUAAAAUUUCAAAUAGAUACUGGAAGUUUUUAUUCUUUUAUAAGUGAAUCUUGUUACUUCGAAAAUUUUCAUUAUAUUAAAUUAUUAGAUAAUGACAUUAUGUUAAAAGAUUAUAUAGGUAAAUAUUUUAAGCCGUUGGGCAAACUAGAUAUAAGUUUCAAUUAUAAUAAUGUUAAAGGAAUAAUUACACUGUAUGUUGUAAAAAAAGGUGGACCUCCUUUAUUAGGUAGCAAAGAUUUUUCCAAACUUAACAUAUUUUUUAAUCAUAAUACUAUUAACUAUAUAAAAGGUAAUGAUCAACCUAAUGAUAUUGUACAAUUAUGUAAAAAGUACUCUAAGGUCUUUGACAAUAAUCUAGGAACUUUUUCAAAACACAAAAUCACACUUUUUGUUGAAAAAGAUUGUAUCCCAAAAUUUUACAAGCCUAGAUUUGUACCUUUUGCUUUCAAAAAUAAAGUAGAAUUAGAAAUUAAUAGAUUGAUUAAUAUGGGUGUUUUGACUCCUGUUGAACAUUCCAACUGGGCAACUCCCAUUGUUCCUGUCCUUAAACCUGAUAAUACUGUCCGUAUAUGUGGUGAUUUCAGUGUAACUCUUAAUCCAGUCCUUCAAGGUAUCCAGCACCCAUUACCUAAAAUAGAUCAUUUGUUUGCCAAACAUUGCAAUAAUGUCUAUUUUAGUAAGAUAGAUCUUAAAGAUGCCUAUGCUCAAUUAUGUUUAUCUGAAGAAUCACAAAAAUUAGUAGUAAUUAACACACACAUGGGUCUUUUUGCUUAUACAAGAUUACCAUAUGGAAUAAAUUGUGCUGCUAGUACAUUCCAACGUGUAUUAGAACAAACGAUAGGUGAUAUGGAAGGAGUUACCAUAUUUCAAGAUGAUAUAUCUAUAUCAGGUAAAACAAGAACAGAACAUAACAAAAGGUUAGAGUCAGUGUUAUCUAAGCUUUUGGAUGCAGGACUUAAAGUCAAGAUUGAAAAAUGUAAGUUUCUAAAAACAUCUAUAGAAUAUCUUGGUCAUAUCAUUGACAGUAGAGGUAUUCAUUCAACUGAUAAACAUAUUGAAACUAUAAAAAAUGUACCAGUUCCUACAAACCUAACUGAGUUAAAAAGCUUUCUAGGCAUGGUCACUUAUUAUCUAAAAUUCAUUCCAAAGUCUGCUGAAUUAUUAGAACCACUGUAUGCAUUAACUAGACAAGAACAAAUUUUCAAUUGGUCAAAUAAAUGUAAUAAAGUUUUCAUUAAAAUAAAAAAUCUACUUUUAUCAAAUAGGGUAUUGGCUAAUUUUGAUUUUGAUUUACCUAUCAAACUAACUGUUGAUGCAUCUGAGAAAGCAGUUGGAGCAAUUUUAUCUCAUGUUUAUUGUGAUAAUACAGAGAGACCUAUUGCUUUUGCUUCACAUUUACUUACCAAAGCUGAACAAAAAUACCCACAGUUAGAAAGAGAAGGUUUAGCAAUUAUUUUUGGAGUAAAAAAAUUUAAUGAUUACUUGUUUGGUAAACAUUUCACUUUGGUCACUGAUAAUAAACCAAUAGCCCAUAUUCUUAACCCAGGAAAAGGAAUACCCAAAAUUGCAGCCAACAGACUUCAACGAUGGGCAUACAUAUUAAUGGCUUAUAAAUUUGAUAUAAAAUGGGUACCUACAAAUAGCAACCCAGCAGAUUAUUUAUCUAGACUGGUGAUUCAAAACAAACAAGUGGAUAUAGAAGCUAACGUUAAUUAUUUAAAUUUUAUAAAGGAAGAAUCUAACUGGAUAAUUGAUUGGAAAAAAGUUAAAAAAGCAACCAAACAAGAUCCUAUUUUAUCAAAAAUAAGUGAAUUCAUCUUAAGUAACUCUUGGCCAAAUGAAGCAAAUAAGAACUUAGAAUUAUUACCAUAUUUUAGAAGAAAGGAUGAACUUACCAUUGAACAAAAUAUAAUUAUGUGGGGAUAUAGAGUUAUAAUUCCUUUAAAACUAAGAAACUUUUUAUUACGACAAUUGCAUGAAUCACACCAGGGAAUUACUAAAAUGAAAAGUCUGGCAAGAGCAUAUUUUUGGUGGCCUUUGUUAGACAAAGAAGUGGAAAAUUUAUCAGCAAAUUGUGAAUUAUGUAUCACUAAUAGAGCAAAUCCUCCAAAAUGUGUACUCAAAACUUUUGAAUGGCCAAGUAAAGCAUGGACUAGAUUACAUAUAGAUUUUUUGGGUCCUAUAAAUGGUCAAACAUUUUUAGUCAUAGUUGACUCCACCUCCAAAUGGAUUGAAUGUUUUAAAGUAAAUUCUUUAAACACUACUAUAGUAAUUAAAAAACUUAAUGAAAUAAUUGCUAGAUUUGGUAUUCCUAAAGCUAUUACAUCAGAUGGAGCCAAAUGUUUCACCAAUGAAUAUUUUCAAUCUUAUUUAAGAAAAUACAAUAUUAAUCAUUUAGUUGGUGCUCCGUACCAUCCUCAGAGUAAUGGAGCAGCAGAGAGUGCGGUCAAAAUUAUCAAAAAUUUUAUAAAAAAAGUCAUAAAAAAUAACCAAAUGAAUGACAUAAUUAACUUAUUAAAUAAUUUCUUAUUUCAGUACAGAAAUACUCCACACACAACCACUGGAGAAACACCUACAAAAAUUUUAUUUGGAAAGUCAAUUAGAUUUGUUUUUGAUUUACUCAAAUCAAGCACAAGUGAUGUGGUAGAAAAGUGCCAAACUAAGCAAGUAAUAAAUGGUGGGAAGAGAGAUGUAAAUUUCACAGUAAAUGAAAAAGUGAUAGUUCGUGAUUAUAGAUCACCAUCUAAUAAAUGGAUCUCAGCUGUUAUUUCAAAAAUAUUAGGCAGUAGAACAUAUGAGGUGACAACUAAUGAUAAUUUAGUUUGGAAACGUCAUACUAAUCAAAUUUUAAAAAACAAUUCCUCUUUCAUAGAAAAUACUCCUAUCACUGAUAACAAUGAUUCCUUUUUAUCUGAUCUCACUAUUAAACAAUCUAGUCACAUAGUUAAUAAUCCAAAUAGUAAUAACAGAAACAAUAUUAAACAAAGACCUAAGAGAACAAUAAUAAAACCUCUUAAAUUUAGGAAUUAACACAAUUAUUUAAUGUUAAAAAUUUUAUAUAUAU